AUGGCUUGUGCCACCGCCACCGUGCUGUGGCCGCUGGGUCACCUGCGAGGACACGAGGGUGGCCAGGGCCGCCCCCGCGCCCUCCGCGCCGCCGCCACGGCCGCCUCGGCCAUCGCCACGCUGGCCUACGCCGCCGAGGUGACCCGCGACAGGGCCAGGCCCGGAGAGGCCGCCCCGUACCUGGCCACCCCCUCGGGGUUGCUCAAAGUGGCCGAAGCCUUCCUGGCCCUCCUCCUCCUCGGGCUGUCGGCCGAGCUGGGCGCGGCGUCGGGCCCCGCGGCCUUGCGCUGGUGCCUGGGCAUUUUCUGCGUGUCCUUCGUGCUGGGGGUGCUGCUGGUCGGGGGGUGCCUGCUGGGCUGGGGGUGGUGCGGGUGGAUGAGGGACCCCGAGGGGCUGCGCUGGGGGCUGGGGGUCUACGCUGGGCUGGGCGUGGUGGCCUACGGGGCGGCCACGGUGCUGUGGGCGCUGUACAGCUUCUCGGACGACAUGGGGGGCCAGUCACGGAGACCCUACGGUUGCUCCGCCACGUGCCCCUGGGACAGGAAGGUGCUGGUGGCCGUGCUCAGCGGCCUCAAUUUGGUGGCGUUCGGGGUGGAUUUGGGGCAGACCGGGAGGUUGGUGCUGUUGAGGGCGUGA